AUGCCUCUAGUGUUAUCUAGAGAGAACAUUUGUGUAUACAUCAUUAUUGAUAGUAGAAGAUUAUUCUAUAUUAAAUUAUUUCCUAACAAAUUCACACAAAGUGGGAGAUUAUUAUAUCCACUGUUUGUUUUCUCCCAACAAUAUGGACCCGACAGGGUGAAGUACUUGGGCCCCUUUUCAGCUCAGACUCCUUGAAAAUUUCCUGGUGAUUAUGGUUGGGACACUGCUGGAUUAUCUGCUGACCCCGAAGCCUUUGCUAAGAACAGGGCUCUUGAGGUGAUCCAUGGUCGAUGGGCUAUGUUUGGAGCACUGGGCUGCAUCACCCCAGAAGUUCUGGAGAAAUGGGUCAGAGUAGACUUCAAAGAACCAGUAUGGUUCAAAGCUGGGGCUCAAAUUUUCUCAGAAGGUGGCCUCGACUACCUGGACAACCCCAACCUUGUUCUUGCCCAAAGCAUCCUAGCAGUGCUAGGUUUCCAAUUCAUUUUCAUGGGUCUGGUUGAGGGGUUCCGUAUCAAUGGUCUUCCUGGAGUUGGAGAAGGCAAUGACCUCUACCCGCGUGGCCAAUACUUCGACCCUCUCGGCCUUGCCAAUGACCCUGUCACAUUCGCUGAGCUCAAGGUGAAAGAGAUCAAGAACAGCUGGCUAGCCAUGUUCUCCAUGUUCGGUUUCUUUGUCCAAGCUAUUGUCAGACGAGGCCCCCUGGAGAACCUCUUGGAUCAUCUUGACAAUCCUGUCACCAAAAAUGCUUGGGUCUAUGCCACCAAGUUCGUGCCCGGAUCUUAAAUUGAAUUUGAGUCCCUUAAAUCUUGUUUCAUGUGAUUGAGAUAGAAUUGGAAGUCCAUGUGUAGUUAACGUGGUUUCAGACUUCAAAAACUUCAAAUUUGAAUUCGUGAGAUCCAACAAUGGCUAUUGAUUUU